AUGCACCUGUGCGGCAGAUGUGCAUCAUCUUUCACACCUUUCGCACUGGAAUGCCCACCGGCACCGACAUACGAGCUUCAAGCAAUUGUGAAGGCUCAGGAGAAGGCAAACGAAGCUAUCGUGUUGGCGCAGAACAUGGGAGCAGAAAAGGCUGCCCAUUUGGCCAAGCGUGCUGUAGAUCAUAUUUCAAUGGUGCAAGGCUGGUUCACGUUCUACGCUUAUCGAAUGUAUUCAGAUUUGCAGGACGACAUCCAUGAAGCCCGCUUUGAUUUGGAGCAAGCUGCGCAAAGUGCAUACAGUGAAGCAUCUGGAUCUGACGCUGGGAAUCUUCUGGCAUGCGCAGCCGACGACCUGCUUCCAUAUGAUCCUAUGCCAAACAUUCAUCCCAUGGAUCAUCGUCUCAGCAGCAUGCCAGCGAGCUGGAUAGAUCUGACAAGCAUGUUGGGUUUCAGGCGUAGCAGGCGCAGCAGACGCUUGGACAAUGCACAGUACUUCCUCUGA